AUGAAUUCGUUUCAAGAUGAUCAAAAUUGUCAGUUUUUUGUGCUGCUUGUAGAAAAUAUCGGUGCGCUGAUGAUUUCGCUGAUCGACUGUGCCAAAACCGAGUGUCCGCUGAUGCUGGAAUCGUUCCGGAGAUCUCUGCUGCCGGCGUAUCGUGCAAUGGCGGAUUUUCUCGGCCAACCACCACCAUUCGAGCGUCAACAGUUCCAAAUGAGAGAUGCCCCCGCAAACUCUUUUCGAACAUUGCCAUCUUUGCACCAUCAUUUUCAUCCUCAUAGUCUCCAUCGGACUGGAGCAGAAUGCUGGCCGUCGCCAAACAUUUCCUUGCCAGAUGACCUCACACCGCCGGCCACACCAACACAACACGCGGGAAGCUGUAUCCACAGCCCGCUGGGGUACACAUCGACCCCCUUGCGAUCGCCCCCAGUCGUUCGUCCUAAACCCGAACCGUUUGGGCUCAUCAAUCAGCUGCUAACCGCGAUGCGCACAUCCAAGGGCAGCCUGGCUAGCGUUACCGAACAGUUCGCCCAUGACCCAAUCUUUCGCUCACGGAUGCUGGCCGAGUUGGACGAACUGCGGUCACUUCUCGCCAUCCAACCGGAACCAGCUUCAUCAGGAUCCAACGGGCAGGCCAUUAGGGCACUGCUCGAUCGCGUUGAACAGGCGGAAAUGUCCAUAACGUCGUUAAUCCGCAACCUACAACUGCUGGAAUAUAUUACUCCCCAAUUCGAUGAUCGGACAGACAAAAGUCAAAACGAGUAGAAAGCAAAAUAAUCCAACUUUUAUAUGUUUGAUACGAAAAUGACAGAGCUGGCCUAUGUCGUACUAUUAUCAUCAAACCGAAUUUACCGUAUUGAAAUUUCACUUGAAUUUAAAGUUGAGCGAACU